AUCAAAUGUCUCCUAGCACUGCCAGCCUGGCUGCAGGCUUCUUCUCACCCUGCUGCCUGGGAGCUGCUCCCUGGCUCUGGCACCCCUUCACCUCCAGCUGGGAGGAAAUGAGCCACCUUCCAGGAUCGGUGUGUGGCCAGAGGCCAGAUGCUGCCCGAGGAGGGAGGGAGGGGUAGCACCUGCACACCGGCGCGGCUCUGGAGCGUCUCCAAGAGCAGCAGCAGGUUUGCUGAGACGCCACCCAGCUGGGGAAUGCACCUGCCCGGGCAGGAGGUGACGGCUGCAGCCGGACCUCGGUGCUGCCGCGGCACCAGGAAGGGGAGCCUCACCUGGGUCUUGGCAGGCACUUGCAGGAGGAAGGGAAGAGAUUUUCCCCGUGGGCUCCCUCGUUAGCUGGAUCCAGUGGAAGGAAAACCAGGAAAAACCAUUGCUGCCGGCCAGGAGCAGGGAAGUGCGCUGGGUUGUCGCAUACGGGCAGUGUCUUCCGCAGGUUCCUCUAUCCCCAGUCCUGAGUUCUCGGAGAAGAAACCUUCCCACAUGCUCCCAGGGGCACAGACAGGCCUUGAACACCAUGACAUUCAGAGCUUCUGCAAAUCUUGUUGGACUCUUUCAGUCUCCGUGAUGCUCACGAAGUCCACAUAAAAGCUGCAUAAAACCCUUCCAAGGCUGGAAAUACAAGGAAGUACUGCAGGAGCCUGCCUCAUCCCCAGACUUCCCCUCCUGAACUCUGUGGAUGAAAGACACAGGAAAGGAAGGACACAGCCCUGGUUGUUCCCCUAUGGUGCUGCUCUGGGAAUGCUCCAUCAUGCUUCACAGCCCAGCCUGGGUGGUGGGCUCAACCCCAGCACAUAGACCAUAGCUCUCCAGGUGCCACCACUGCAGAAGGAAACUCCAUCAGGAUCCAAACAAUGAGACAGAGACAUCACUGCUGGAGAAAUGCAGCUGCCUUCACCAUCGCUGCUGCCUUGACCCUCCAUUUGCUGUAAGGGUGUAAAUUCAUCUGUACCACCACUGUGCCCUCCUCACCCAGCUGCCCAUCAUGCCAGAGCUGGCAGAGCUGAGCAGCCCCCGCACCCCUGCAGAUGUGGACCAUAUCCAGAGGAAUAUCUUGGAAGAGCAUGUGGAGCUCUGGUGGUUCCAGGAUCCCAAAAAGUCCAUCCUGUGCUAUGGCAUGGCUGUGGUGCUGAUCCUGGCCUGCGGGAUUGGGGGCAUCAUCCUGCUGUACAGCACUAGCAGCCGGUCUGGAGAGUGGCGGCUCGCCGUGGGCACCACACUCUGCCUCCUGGCCCUGCUCGUGCUGCUGAAGCAGCUGCUGAGCUCUGCAAUCCAGGACAUGAACUGCAUCCGCAGCCGGGAUCAGAUCGAGCUCCUGAAGAGUGGGGGCUUCUCGGACUGCCUGGUGCUGCUGCUGAGCGCCCUGGUGCUGCUGGUCUGCGGGGUGGUGCUCACCAUCCUCUCCACCACCACCAUGCAGCUCAGCCCCGCACGGCCGCUGGCCAGCAUGUUCACCAGCGGGGUUAUCCUCCUGACUGCUGGCAGUGCCAUCCUCCUCUGCCUGCUGCUAUACCUGCUGUGCACCUCCUGCCGCCGGGCUGCCCCUCGGAGCCUGGAGACCGGAGAGAUCCGCAUCUUCACCAUCUCCGGCCGCCUCGCUGGGAACAGGCGGCUUCCUCCCACUUCCAGCAUGGCCAACCUGAUCUGACCCAGGACACCUCUGCAUGAGCCUUAGCGGAUACAACCUGUCAGUGAUGGCCUUUCCCAAGGAAGGGCGAGAGCUGCAGUGUGCCCCGUGUUCCUGUUGGAGAUGACUGGCAUUUGCUUUACCCCAGGCUGGUGGCACAGCAGAGACUUGGGGUGCUUGGACGGGCUCUGACCUGGCUGGCAUUUUAUCUUCACAAAGCCUUCUGUGGGAGCUGCUGCCUGCCCAGCUGUGACCCAUGUUACAGAGCGAAGGUGAGCCUGUCCUGUACCCCUGGGGACCCCAGUACUUGCUUGGUUCCUGCAGUUCCUGGAACUGUGUCACACAUUCUCCUGGCAGGAGAGGCUGUGAUUGUGGGUGGUAUAAAACCAACCUGUGCUCUGUGCAGAGCUUCCAGCUCCUGAGUGAAGUAGAGCCUCUAGCAGCUUGUGAAUGGCAGGAAAUAUUCUGUGUGUCAGCAGGCAUAAGGGAGCCUGGUGGGAGGUAUGGCUGCAGGAGCUGCUCCCAAGAAAUCACCUGUGUGUCUGUGGGAUUGAGUGUGGGAUUUGCAUGGGAUAGCAUAUGGCAGAGCUGCAGCAUGGCUGGACCUCACAUGAAAUGCUGUUUGUGUUUGCAAUGCCAGGAUCUGUUCCAGUGUUACAUUUCUGCAGCCCAUCACUACCUGUGGUUUAUCAAAGGGGUGAUCAAGGGGUGCUGGCAUCAAGGCCCUGAUGGGUUAUCUGUGCUGGACUGAGUGUUGGGGCUCUGUUAUCAUGCCAGAGUGCUCCAGCUACAUGAGCCACAAACAGCAAAGUGCAGUUGCUGGGGGAUGGUGAUGGGAUGCCCAAAUGUUGGGGCUGGGGCUGCUCUCUGCAACCGGGGAGCGCCAUGCCCUCCCACAGGAGUUUCCCAAGCAGAGGCACCUCUGCUGCCAGGAGCCCUGCAGCUCAUCCCAGUCCCUGCUUGUUCCCAUGCUGUUUCUGUCUCCCAAGCGCUGCAGCUGCUGCAGGGCAGAAAAGUUCUUCUACUGUCACCUGGACCUUACCUGGAGCUUUUUUUGUGUUUUAUCUCUACGAGGUGUCUUGUUUUUAUCACCAAGGUCUCUCUCCCAGAGGCAGACUAACAAUUAACCCCAGGAACUUUUCCCGUGACUUAAGGCUAAUUUACCUGUCAAAAUUCUCAUUUCCUUCCUAGACCCAUUAACCCUUUCACUGUCCUUUCCAUAGACAUAGAUCCCAACCUCCUGCUGAAGAUGCUUGUGGCAUGACCUUCUCUUCCUCUUAGCCCAGUUGGUCAGAGCAAGGUGCUACCACCAUGGUCAUGGGUUUGAACCCCAUGUGGGCCAUUCCCUUAAGAGUUGGACUCUAUGUUCCUUCUGGGCAUCUUCCAGCUCAGACUAUUCUGUGAUUCUGUGAUUCUUCAUCUUCCUGUCUCCUCCCAUUUCUCCCUCACCUGAGCUGCUCUGCCCCAGAUGUUGGUUUUGCUCAUUAUUUGCCAAGUUUCCUCUGCAACGGAACGAGACUGAGCUAUUAUUUUUUGGAGCCUGGUAUGAAAUUCUUUUGGAAGAGGAUGGUAGCUGAUUCCCUUACUAACAGCACAAAUCACUUUCUGUGUUACACCUGGAGGCAGAGUUCACCAUCAGUGAGUCCCCCCAGGUACAUGCUGGACAGUGAGGGCUUCAUCCCUUCACAGCUCCACACCAACGAUCCUCAAUGCAGUGGGAUCUCAUGAGACCACACCUGUAUUCACCUGCUCUUGCCCUGCUCCUGCCAACUUUCCUUUGCCUGAAGCCUUGGAUUGUUUCCCCCAAUGUACAGGUAAAUUAUUUGGGCUUUUCUCUCUGUAUCUCUUAUUUCUACAUUUUCCUCUGCCACUUUCACAUCAUCUGUAGAUUUUAUUAAACUGCUGUUUCCUCUUCUCUCUGCAUCUCCUCCCUUAAUCUGCCCAAGAGCUCAGACAGUGGUGGUGAGCUGAGAUCCUCCUGUACUAAAUCUCUUCAAAGCUGAGCUGUUCUUCCCCUCUGGGCUGUUUGGUCCCAGGUCCACCAGGGACCCCUGUGCCUACGCAGGAGGGGACAGGCUAGAGCUGAAUGGUUUUGCACCAUCACCAUUGCUGCUGCUCUGCACGUCUGUGUCAGUGCAUGUGCACUUAUGCCAGGCUGCACCCCCUCUGCCAGCACCAGUGCUCCAGCAGCGACUGCCAGCUCCCCCAGCCCGCACGUGCUGACGGGCCACAGCUGCCUGCACACCAGCUGUUUUGCACAUCUGGGCAUUUCUGUGAAGAGGCCUGACUGUGCCCAGCUUGCAGCUCUGUGCUGCCUACAUGUCAAUGUGAAUCCUGUCCCCCCCAUAGCCCCUUCAAAAUGUGCCCCAAGUGCCUGUGAAUUGUGCCAGAAAAGGGUGACUGACUGUGGGCCACAACAGCAACCCAAGGAGAUAAUGGCUGAGAACAGGCUGUGCCUGAAGAUGGUGGCUGGGUGUCCAGCUGCCCAGAGGGACAGCCUGUGCUGCCCAAUCACUGACUCCCCUCUGCAGCACAGGUGCUGGUUUGUUUCUUGGCUCCUGUGUUGUGUGUGGGAACACAUAAUAAAGUGUUAGAGAAGCUGA